AGUUUUUUCAGAGGUAUUUCCGUUGGGGAUAUGGAAGGAAUUGCGGUAAUAAAACUAGCAAGACUACAUGAACAUCUUGAAGAAGAAGAUGAUGCUUCCAAAUAUUACCUACGUUACAUUGAACAGGCUGAAACUAUAGGAGUGAUUUCUGUUGAGGAUCUUUGUAUUGCUUAUAAAUUUAUGGCAAGAUUUUACCUAAAAAGAAAAAAGCUUGAAGAUGCAGAGACAUAUGCACACAAGUGCUGUGAAUAUAAUGAGAGUCGUGAGGAGGGUAAAAGUCUUAUGAGGGAGAUAUCCCUUGCAAGGAGCAGAGGAGAGGGACAGGUUGACACUUCAGAGAUUUUUACACAUGAUGAUAGUCAGUUACAAGAUAUAAUGUCAACAUCAGCUGUUAAUCCUGUGUCACCAAUGAACUUGAAUUUCAAUACUCCUUGAGUGUCAGUACUUCUCAGAAAUGGCUUUUAAUCAAAUCAAAAUUGUGCUGGCGGGACGUGGUCCUUCUGCGCAGUCCAUCCUUUAGGGGGACUGAAAGGUACAAAGAAAAGUGUGAGUGAUAUAAGGAAUGGUUUAGUUGCCUUGGGAAUAAAUUUGCCAACUGUAAAACUGCACACCUCUGUAUAAUAUAUAUGGUCURUCUGUCCAUAGUCAAUUAUGGUAUAAAAAUAAGAAAAGACAAGUCAAGAUAAUAUUUUGAAGCUGGCGUUGAUUAAUUAGUUGUAAUUCUUUUUAACCAGGAUAGUUUAGAGAAUAGGAUGAUAUAUUGUGUAAUAAAAUUGAAGAAAAAUUAUAGAAUUUCCCUGAAAGUACARUGGAAGCACUCGAUUUAUGAAUAUUCUAUGCAAUAACUUUUUUUGCUUGAAAUCCUGUAUGGGUCAUUGCUUUUUUUAUUAUUAUUUAUUCUAUAUUUGUGAACACGGGUUUCCUCUGUUAUCUUGUGACCAUGGGAGACUGGUAAAGUGAAAGCUUGUUUUUAACGGUCAGCGGCUGAUCGCAGGGGAAAACCCGGACGAGAAUCGACUGACUAGAAGGUGUUCCGAGGCCGCUCGGUAUUCGAGAAAAAAAUCAUAUCUCCAUGUAUAAACGACAAAARCAAAGUACGCGAGAGUCAAUCAAAUYUUGUGUAAUURCCAGUUGUAAUAAAGCRGGGUGCAUUCCAUGCAA